UUGGAUUGUAUCCCAAUUAUGCAAUCGAUGGUUCUACGGCAGAACAAGUUUUCCGUCAAAACGCUCCUCGAUUGGCUCAAUUGAAGAAACAAUUUGAUCCACAAAAUGUCAUGGGUCUCACUACAUACUUUUCCUUUACUUGAACAAUAAUGUAUAUCAUACAGCAUAAUGGAAACCUAAUCACACCAAUCAACUUUUGACUGUAUAGCGUGAAUGUGACUCGUCCCCCCCCACGCUGAGUUUAGAUCACGCAUAUAUUCUUACGAUGACUUCUUCUUCACGCUACCAUGCGAAAUGACUUCUACGUCAAUUGAAUCCUUGCGACUGUUGGGCAAACAUGAAAGGUAUAGUCUUGCAAGGCAUAAUAUAGGACAUCCGCCUAUUCUAACCAGCAUCGCAUUCGGUAAAGCAAACAAUAUUGAACAAGUGAAAGAAUUGCAUGCAAGACUUCGUGACAGGAUAGAAUAUAUCUUGCAAAGUAUACCAAUCUUUUCCGCUCAUAUUCCUAAUCAAUUUGCAUUACGACCAAUAUGGGCUCGUACUACCUCAAGAGCCAAGGCAAGUCAAGUCUUGUUGCCUCUCGAGUCACUAGAAGGGAACAAAGAUGGCUUGUCUCUAGAUGAUGCUGAAAAUCUUCUCCAGCAAUUCCAGCUUUGGGGCAAGAGCACUUUACAAGAUUUGCAAAAACCUCCUUUCUGCCGGGUGAGGGUGAUGAUAGAAGAACGAGGUGACAGCAUUCAUUUUGCCGUUGUACUCAUUGCCCAUCAUCUCGUUCUGGAUGGUCAAGGCAUGAUGAAUUUGUCCGCGCUGUUAAUUCAAUCGAAAGACUCAGCUCUUCCGAGUGCAAAAGAUUUGCGUGGAAGCUUGGUAUCGGCAGCGGAAGAUGAUGUGAAUGGAUCAUCUUUACCCUUGACAAGUGAUGUUACAAUGCAAUCCAAGGCACCACUAUUAUGGACCGCAUGGACAUGGAUCAAAUCAAAAACGCUUCCUCUUUUUCCAUCAUUUCUGCAAAGAUUGUUUGGGUUUCAUCACGUCUGGCCGCAUAGAGUCAGACCAGUGAAAAGAGUAGCUGAACUUCCGGUUCAUUAUCGUCUUGUCGAUGUUCGUAGUGAAGAUGUUGGUGUUGAUCGCGGACUGUUUGAACGAAUGAAAGAAGUGGCAUCUCUUCAUCAACUCAGGACUGUUCAUCCCAUCUUCCAUACAGCUUGCAUUUUUGCAUUAUACUCCCAUCUAAGAUUCACCAAUCAACAAUUUCCACUUGAUGUAAAGAUCAAUUCUGCAGCAGGUGAAAGGGAUAUGAAAAAGUUUGGAAUCAUUGCUGGUAAUUACGUCUCGUUGUUUUCCUUCCCUUUGCAUUUGAGUGCAGAAAUGAAGGUAUGGCAACUUGCACGAGCAUUCGCAACUGAUUUGACUUCAAAAUCCGGAUUGCAAAUGCGUUCACGUACUUGGAGUUUCAUGCCUGACAUUUUUGGCAGAUUCGGUGAAUAUAUGCACAACAAGACAAAACAAUUUCCAACGCCAUGGGAAGCUCAUUUCGGUGGACAAGCUUCACAGCUUCAACCGUGUAAAAGUUCAUUGGGUUUUUCCAAUUUAGGAUUGGUCAAGCUGAGUGACCCGCUUUUUGAUCGAAUGAUUUGGACACAAUAUCCACCCAUAGGAGAAGCAAUUAUGAUCGACGCAAACGGAUGGCGUACCCGAGAUGGACAAGAGGGUUUAUCAUUCUCAUGCGGAAUACGUGGAAAUGGAAUUUGGGGACCAGCAAAUGGAAAAGGGGAAGAUGUUUUUGUUGAUGCAUUACAUCAUGUAUUGUGUUUAUUCGCCAAAGAUCAAGUGAAAGAGGAAGAUACGUUGGAAUCAAUUGAGACAAAGAUGAACAAAGUGAUCGGAUUGAAUUAUUAGCCUGAUUGCCAUUCCCAUCAUCGCGGGCCGAGCGGUUGAUAUGAAUGGACUGUGAGAAUUCAAUGACGUUUCAGUCUAAAGAAAAGAGACACAGCGCGUUCGCCCUUCAUGCAGCAUCAAUGCAACAAAACGCUAAACGGGGAUCGUAUGCAUCAAAGGCACAAAAGCAGUCU